GGCUACUUCCGUAUCAUGGGCAUCGCAACAACGCGCUGGUGGGGAUUUUGAGACCAUCCGAAAUGAUUUCCUUUCUAUGUUUUGCGGGGCACUGUUCUAUGGUCUCUAUCUUGCUCUAUUCACUCUUUCUACUUAUUUUUUAUGUCGUCGAGGGCUCUUUCAUUCGCGAGUGCUCAUGGCAUUAUGGUCUGCGACCAUCAUCAUGUUUGCGACCUCGACAAGCUAUAUAGGACUGGGACUUGCUAGCACGGUGUACCGAAUAUGGGUGGUGUUGAAUUCUGGGGAUGUUGCUGUAUCUUCUCCGAGUUCCCCACUGGUGACACGCAUUUUGAACGCGCAGAUGUAUUUGCCUAUCAUCAAUUUCAUCGUGAGUGACGCAAUAGUCAUAUGGAGGGCGUGGGUGCUGUGGGAACGUCGCGUUAUCGUCUUGCUGCUGCCAGCGAUAUUUUUUGCGGGCACUAUUAUUUCGGCGAUUAUCAGUGCAGUGCAUGACGUUGAUGUGAAAGUCUCUGUGUCAUCAAAUCCGGAUUACAAGGUUGUCGUGCUGGGGAAAAUUGUAGUAUGGUCAUUGACCAUCGCCACCAAUCUAUUAGCUACGUUGUUGGUCGCGUGGAAAGCAUGGCAACAUCGGCGAGUGAUCAAGAAGAAUCUGGGCAAAGAGACUAGAAGGACCAGGGUCGAAAAAAUCCUAGCCCUUCUCAUCGAGUCCGGCUUCCUGUAUUGUAUCAUCUGGAUCUUGUACAUUGCCGCCAACUUUGAAGUUUUCGGCGACGUUGGCAGACAGAUCAUGAUGAGCAUCAUGGUGCAAAUCACGGGCAUAUAUCCCACCCUGGUCGUAGUCUUGGUGUCUCUGCAGCGUACAUCCUUGGAUGAGACCACCAACGAGCUUCUAUCCCGCCCUCAGUUUGCCACGUUCGGCACCCAUAGCAUCAUGACCACAACGGACUCAUCGACGCUAUCACCUAGUCCGGACAGAUUGAUGUCUCCUCUUGAGACUCUCUUUGCACACGAGACAUCGAAGGAAGGAUACGUCGCAUAGCUGGAGCUCUCUAAUACAAGGUUGGAGAACUAUCCUCCGGUCUUGUGUACCAUCUUCAAAGCUGAAGGAUGCAUGUAACACGUACGGAUACUCAUGUAACCACGUCACAGUCACCGACCUUGUCUGACUU